AUGCUGGGGGAAUUCGUCAAUUCAAUCCUGGUGUAAGUCUCUGCUCCUCUUCUAAAUUUGUCGCACACGGCGUCCAUCUUCGGCAUCUUUCCGUUCGCUGCCAUGGCUGAUCUGACGGAUCGAACGCCAUACCCUUGUUUCCUCCUCUCCGCUCGCAGGCUUCUGCUAGGGUACGCAUAUCCGGCGUUCGAAUGCUUCAGGACUAUCGAGAAGGACAGGCCGCAGAUCGAGCUGUUCCGGUUCUGGUGUCAAUACUGGUGCGCCUUCUCCGAUCUCCCUCUCAACCCUAUGAUUCUUCCCCACGAAUUCCGGGAUCCAUCCUUCCGCGAACAGACGAAGAAAUUCACCGCAACUGAAAACUAAAACCUAGUUUUCAGAAGAAGAAAUAACAAAAUAGGGAAUUCCGAGAGAUAAAACGGACAAACAUACAGGUGUAGGUCGAUUCUCUGUCGGAUUUUCCUGUUUAGAACAACUGCGACAGAAGGCCGAAACUCCUUUGCUUUGACUUCUCAACGAUAAACUCUGCAUUUAAAGUCAACGAAUUGACGAACCAUGAUUGCAGGAUUAUAAUAGGGCUGUUGACUGCGGUGGAGAAAUUCGGUGAUCUGUUCGUCUCGUGGUAAUUUUUUCAUACCUUUUUUCCCCCCUCUCGCGAUUGAUCGUAGCUUCGCGACAUCUUCUGGUUUGUACGUUUUCAUUGAUUCAAAAAUACAUCGACAGGUUGCCGCUGUACGGUGAAGCAAAGCUCGCCUUCAUCAUCUUUCUUUGGCACCCAAGGACUCAGGUACAAACCCUUCACUAAUAGAUGACUUUGCUGUUGAGCCAACAUACAUAGCUUCAUAUUGUUCGAGCCAAGUCAACGGCUGUAGUCUCCGAAUGAAGAGUGUUAGUGUGUCAGGUUACCAAACUCCUAGCUUUGACACGAUACAAGAUGCUUAGAUGGGGUGACAUGUUGACUUUUGCUGACAAAUAUUUAUAACUGAGUCAACCAUGUUUGUGUUUGAAAUAGGAGAAUCAAUGGAUUGGGUGGGAGGGCCAGAUAAAUUACCAAAUACACGAGCUUUGAAAGGCAACAAGUUGACUAAAAAUAGUUUUUAGUUGAUCAGAAGUUGGGUCUAGAAAUGGGUAAGGUAGGAGGCCUGGAACUUUCCCCAACAAACAAUCUUGAAAUCGCAGCAUAGUUGACUUUUGUUGAAAACCCACCGAUUUGUUUUUCAAGUCACCCAAGAAUAAGGAAUCUCGAAGCUCGCGGGGGGAGAGUUAUUCGGUCAAAGUCAACCAUCACUGUUUCCAAGUCUCACGAUGAAAUAUGGGGCUGUGUCUUGUGAUCUGAUGAUGGCAGGGGGCGUGGUACGUGUACAACAAGUUCGUGUACCCUUUCCUGGCCAUGCACGAGGCCGGCAUCAACGGGAAGCUGAUGGAGAUCAGUCUCAGGUCCGGGGAGUGGCUCAUGUUCUACAUCAGGAACUUCACCGACAAGGGCCAGUCCAUCGCUGUCGAACUCCUCCAGUAUAUCCUCAGACAAGCCUCCGGCCGAGCUCCUCAUCCUGCCCCUCACACGCCGCCUCCCCCGCCGCCGGCCACCGGACCCGGGGGCUACGGUCCUCCGCCCCCGGCAGCCGGACCCGGGGGUUACAGGCCUCCACCUCCGGCAGCCGGACCCGGGGGGGGGUACGGGCUUCCGCCGGCGGCAGUAGGACCCGGGGGGUACGGGUACGGGCUUCCACAGCAGGCGGCCGCCGGAGACGGAAGGUACGGGUACGGGCCUCCGCAGCCGGCGGCCGCCGGAGACGGAGGAUACGGGUACGGGCUUCCGCAGCCGGCGGCCGCCGGAGCCGGCGGGUAUUGGGCAUCGCCGUCGGCGCCGCCGCAGCGCAGCCAGGAGCCUCCCGGGAUCAGGCACCGCCAGAGCCACCACGACCGCGAGGAGAAGCUGAAUGGAAUCGCGGAGAUCGAGCGGGUCAUGCAAGAUAUGAAGGCCGCCGCCGGCGACCCUGGGCGGCAGGACUGA